AUGUUGCACCGAUUAUGGAGGCAGGAAACGUUCUUUGACGUUGCGGAACGUUUUCACGUAUCACGUGGUUGGCUUCAAAAUGUUCUGCAGGCAACUUGUUCGCAAGCAUCUUCGAUAGCGCGUUUUGCAGAAAAAAUACCGUCUUUCUGGCCAUUGAAAAAUUUGUUGCCUGAUUUGGUACAGCAUUUGCGAGAUUGUUCACAACAGGAGCUAAUUCCGUUACUUGCACUUGAUGGUGUUAAAAGAGGACGAGCACGACAACUUUAUAAUGCAGGUUUCAAAACGAUUGGUUUGAUUGCUUCAGCAGACUCAUCGAUGUUGCUAUCUACCAUAGAUCAUCUUAAUAGACGACAGGCUAACGCAAUCAUCAGAAGCGCAAAGGUCUUGCUUCGUGAUCAACUAGCGGAAAAAGCUGAGGAGCUGGAGGAACAGUUUGGAAUUAAAGGGACUGAAAUUUUGGCAAAGUUUUUCUCAUCUCUCUAA